UCCGCUAAUGCUCUUGAAGCUAUCGAUAAAACAUGCAGAUUGUGAACGUGGUGUUUGUGUUAUUGGUCAUAAGUUGUGCUCUUGACGUUCACGUAUCAGCGAAUUUCAGAACAUUUUGGAUUAAGCUAUGGACACCCAACGAUCAGGGUCUCAAAUGGGAAGAUAAUUGUGACCGUAACUGUAGAGCAGUUUGCAUCGAGCAAUUCAAUAAUGGUGAUUACAGUAUUGGAUCCGUUUGCAAUAAAGAUGGCUGGUGUGUUUGCAAGAAAAAUGACAGCUUCCAUGUAACCGCGACCGCGUUACUAUCAUCUGUUUGUCUUUGUUUGCUCUACAAAUUCUACUAUUGGUAGUCAACAUCCGAAAGAAUCUACCUCAUUUAAAGUAGCUCUACCCCUACGGCUGGACUCGUUGAGUGCUUUUGAAAAAAAAAGAUUCUAAAAAUAAUUUUAUUGAUGUUUAAAUUAUUAAAAUAAUUUAUAAAGGACAU